AUGGUUCCGCCGCCGAAGCUGCUAGAAAUGUUUACUGGGGCUUACAAGCCAGACUCUAAUUCGCCACUAUUUCCCCCCUUCAGCCCAUCCGCCGGCUACCAGGGCUUACCUCCAACUUAUAUCCAAGCCUGCGGUGUGGAUUUUGUGCGUGAUGAUGCCCUGAUUUAUGAGCGGGUUCUUCGUGAAGAACAUCACAUUGCGACACGGGUUGAUUUGUACUCUGGAUUGCCUCACCAUUUCUGGAAGUUCUUCUCACAGUUGACAGAAGCUGUAGAAAAGUGGACGAAGGAUACUAUUGCAGGCAUUACUUGGCUUUUAGUGAAGGGUGAUAUGUAGCGCCGUGUGAUGUGGUAGUAGGGAGGUAUAAAUGGAAGAUUGAGAUAACCGUUUCAUGCCAGCAUAUAAUGAGUUGAUAGAAUGCCUAUUUCGAUAGUGUACAUUCAAGCGUAUUAACUUGAUCCGUGACUCUAGCCUUGACAUUCCCAGCAUCCGGAUGUAGUUACUAGGCUGUAGUUUAGAUAACUACAAUCUAUCUCCCCUCGCCCUUCAGGUAGGAGCCUAUUCUCAUUACUGGGGAGCGUCUCUCGAGCCAAAUAAUCCGGUUUGGUCCAUGUUUCCGAUGGUCUGCAUUAAGCGGCAAAUAUUGCCCACAAGCCGUGGUUCGAUGUCCAACAGCUCCCGGAACUUCUUGCGAAUAAUUUCAAUUGCCACAUUCAUUGUUAUGUUCGCCGAGCUAAGUGCUGUCGUCUCUUCCGGCUGUGCUGACAUAUCUGAACUCGUCGGGCUCAUAGAAAUUACAGGUGUUCCAAAACCCAGCUGAAUCCAGCGUCGGGUUGAGAGAGUUUCUUCUCCGUCCACGAGAAGAACUGACGUCUCUGGAGAUGUAGGUUCUGGUGAUGUCGCCUGGCUGGUACUGCGUUUGGAAAUGAUUCCGUAAAUACAGAGGCAUAAGCUCGCAUGGUAGCAGGCUAUAGCAUGGAAUAUGUGCAGCGCACCAACGGGAAUAGCUCUCAUGCAACGAAGAACUUGGCCUGCAUUCCAGACAGCGUGCCGAGACGACUCGCUUUGGAACCAUGUGUGAAGAGUUGGAUAUACUGCUAGUGCUUCCUCAGGCCCUUCUUGCCCGGCAAAUAGCUCCAGUUGAUUAAAAGAGAUAUAAAGGUGCAUGCCAGUCAGUUCACGGAGAAGGUUCGACGCCGCAAUCUCUUCAAAACCGCCCAUGUUGUAGCCCACGCCGAGAGCUUGGAUAACCUGUUACAGCCUCCUCUCUUGGCUUUCGUCUGCAAUCAGUGCUGAUCUAUUGAGAGCGGGGUCAUUGGUUGCAAAUAAAGCUUGAGUGUGUUUGAAAGCGCGAACCAAUGAUGCUAUUGCAUAGACCUGAGCCUCGCUUGCAAAUCCACGAUCACGCGUCUGGGGAAAUAGACGUGUUGUGGUGGGGUUUGCGAUGCAUUCUAUUAUCGAUGGCACUUUGCCCUGAGGAGCGCUUACCUGCAAUCGCACCAAAGCUUGUUUCCAGAGUAUAGCAGAUGGUGCAAGCCACAGCUCGCGUGAUUCGGGAAGUGGUAGAGUGAGCUCAGACGGAGACAGCUGCGAGCCUACUAUGGAGGCCAUGAAUGAUUCCUGCACACAGUGGAUAUGCAUGUGGUAGACCAGUCUUUCCAGCUAAGGUCAGCAUGAAUGGUAUCAACAAGCCUCAAGUCAAUGGCAACUUAACCAUGCUGGAAUUAUGUGGCGAUGUGUAUUUAAUCACUUACCUUUUAAAUGACUCUUGCUCAACCCAAGCACGCCACUUUUUAUCCAAAAUAUCGCCAACGUCAGUAGAAAUUGGAGCUAUAGAUGAAUAAGCGUUACGGCGAAAGCGCCCCCCCACCCUCAACAUCUAUGCAUUUUCUGUCAGUAACUCGCAUGACUCGUUCUUGAAGCAGGCUUGGCUAACGUUUAUCAAUACUCCUGAGACACUUUUCGCCAGCUUCAUUUUGUUAUUAGAUCCGCUCCAUAAUCCGUCAGAUAAACUCAGGCAGAACGCCUGGAGGUAUUGUAGAUCUCUGGUGAGGGAAUAUUCUCGCUCCGCCUGAACAAUGAAGAUAGUUAGUUGUGUGUGUCAAUAAUUAUAUAAGCUACGAUCACACACACGAUUGUACAAGUAGUAACUGAGUAUUUCCCCUAGUCCAUGGCCAAACUUUUGGACCGCCUUGUGUGAUGAUCUAGAAGUACCAGUGAUUACCAUCGCUGCGAUGGUUUCAACGCGGCUCUCGGAUUUAGAAAAUGUAGGAACAUGAAUGUAACC